AUACUGGUAGAAAAUCUGACCACCAGGCUAAAACCCUUGCCAAGGUUUUUCUACUUGCACACAUACACAACAGAAAAAAUAAAAAAUAGAGGAAGAAAAUGGCUCAGUUUCUAAAAUUUAUGGUUAACAAAAAUCAAAAUUUCACAAACAUCAAAUUACUUGUUCGAUUGAUUCAUCGGAAACCAUCAAAACAACAAAAACCACCACCAGUACCACCCCCGAAACCACCAAACCCACCACAAAAACCAGUUUCAUUUAGUCAUCAUGAUGAAACAUGGGAAGAUCCUUAUAGUUGGAUGACUAACUUAGAUGAUAAAGUAGCAAUGCGUCAUAUGGAUGUUUAUAUGGAACAAGAAGAAAAAUAUAUAGAAGCGGUUAUGUCUGAUACUGAACGUAUUCAAAAUAGACUUCAAGCAGAGAUGGCUGUUCGUAUCAACUCUCACUUAUCAUCUGUACCAAUGAAAUGGGGUCCCUGGUUGUAUUAUAGACGUGUUGAAGAAGGGAAACAAUAUCAAGUUCUUUGUAGGAGGUCUGUUAAAUUAAAUGAAGAGUUCAUUUCUAAUAGUUCACCUUCUGCUGGAUUUGAUUUUACUGCUGGAAAGAGAAUCGAACAGAAGCUUCUUGAUUAUAACAAAGAGGCUGAGAGAUUUGGAGGAUAUGCUUAUGAGGAACUAUCUGAAAUAUCUCCAGAUCAUCGGUUUCUUGCGUACACUAUGUAUGAUAAAGAGAACGAUUGUUUUAAGUUAUCUGUUAGGGAUUUGAGUUCAAGUUCUUUAUUUAAGAAACCUGAGGUUGAUCGAGUUGCGGGUUUGGCAUGGGGGAGGGAUGGAAAAUCAUUGUUUUAUACAGUGACUGAUAGCAAUAAGCGACCCUAUCGGAUCUUUCGUAGCGUGAUCGGGGAAAAUGAAAACGAUCUCUUGGUUAUGGAAGAAUCAGAUGUGAAUGCUUACCUUAGUAUCAAACACACAAAGGAUUUCCAGUUUGUGACUGUUAAUGUGUCCUCGGUUACUUCUUCAAAGGUUUACUUGAUAAAUGCAGCUGAUCCUCUGUCUGUUAUGAAAUUAGUAUAUGAGUGUGAACCACAUGUUAAUUGCAUAAUUGAACAUCAUCAAGGACAUCUUUAUGUUUUUACGAAUGCUGCGAAAGAUGGCCAACCUGCUGACUCUCAUUACCUGUUCUCUUGCACUGUUGAAGCUUCUGGUUCAAGAAAAUGGGAGAAUGUAUUUCUUGAUGAUCCGGAGUUUGUCCUGGAGAAUGUGGAUUAUAAUGAUACUCACCUCAUACUUAUCUUGAGGGAGGGUCGAGAGUUUAAGAUCUGUGCAGUCCCUCUACCUUUGGCUAGUAAGGAAGCAGUUCGGUUAAAAGAGCUUAACCCUACUUUCUUGCCUCUUCCAAAGUAUGUCUGCCAGAUCUCUCCUGGACCAAACUAUGACUACUAUUCCUCUACCGUGCGAUUUACAGUGUCGUCUCCUGUGAUGCCUGAUGCUGUUGUUGACUACAACUUAGCAGAUGGUAAGUGGUUAAUAGUUCAGCAACAAAAUGUGCUUCAGGAAGGAACUCGAACAUUAUAUGGAGCUACCUCGGUGUCUGCAAACACUGAGAAGCUACGAACAUCGCGAAGCAUUCAUCUCUCAAAUGAAGUUCGUUCGGAAGAUGAUCAGUUAUGGAAUGAUUUGUCAGAGUUUUAUGCUUGUGAGCAGUACGAUGUUUCUUCACAUGAUGGUGUACUGGUUCCUUUGACCAUUGUUUACUCACGGAAAUACAGACAAGAUGGCCUGAGUCCUGGUCUACUUCAUGGUCAUGGAGCUUAUGGAGAGUUAUUAGACAAAAGAUGGCGUAGCGAGUUAAAAAGCCUUCUCGACCGUGGUUGGGUGAUUGCGUACGCUGAUGUCAGGGGUGGUGGUGGUAAGGGUACAAAGUGGCACCUCGAUGGAAGACGGACAAAAAAACAGAAUGGUAUUAAUGACUAUAUUUCCUGCGCUAAGUUUCUUCUUGACAAGGAAAUUGUACACCAAAACAGGCUAGGAGCUUGGGGAUAUAGUGCUGGAGGGCUCCUAGUUGCAUCUGCUAUUAAUAUGCAACCAGAUUUGUUCCGUGCUGCAGUUUUGAAGGUUCCCUUUUUAGAUGCUACAAAUACACUUUUGUAUCCUAUAUUGCCACUAAUGCCUUCCGACUAUGAAGAGUUUGGAGAUCCUGAGGAUGUUGAAGAUUUUCGGGCUAUAAGAAAAUACUCCCCUUAUGAUAAUAUCCAAAAGGAUGCCCUUUAUCCAGCUGUCUUGGUAACAUCAUCUUUGAAUACAAGGUUUGGCGUGUGGGAAGCUGCAAAAUGGGCUGCACGGGUUAGGGAUCAUGUCAUUUAUGACCCAAAGCGUCCAAUACUGCUUAAUUUAACAGUAGACAUAGUCGAGGAAAACAAAUAUUUGCAGUGCAAGGAAUCAGCUUUAGAAACUGCCUUUCUUAUCAAGAUGAUGAUGGAUUAAUAGAUGUCUUCUACUUUUUCCAUUCUCUGUGAUCACAUUCUCCGGAACCUCCCCUAUGGUGUCGGAAUGGGUCCUCCAGGUAGAGCUUCUUAGGGGGUCACCUAACAUAAGCCAUAUCCAAUCUGAUUGUUCUUAGCAGAGAAAAAAGAAAGAUAAACCAAAUAAUCCAAUAAGGUGGAGAAAAAAAGUACAAGUAGUAGAUGGAAUUUUGAGGAAUUAGUUAGUGUUAGGUAGGGAAGUAGAUCACAUUUUUUUUUUCUAACUGUAUAUUAUUAGAAAACAAUUAUAUCAAGUAUGCUUUUAAAUGACAGUGUCAAUAUGAUAAUUGAUGGUAUUGGUAUA